AUGCAUACACCCACUCCUCCUGGAACUUCUUAUAGCUCUCAAGCUUCCUGGGCCACAGCCACACCACAUAAUGUACACCAAUUGAAGCAGCAGGCUGAGAAGGUCAGGAAAUAUAUCAAACGCUGUAUGCAAAGUCCACCCAGUUCUACUCAUCAGGCUCUAAGCCAGUUUGUCAAGGGCUGUCAAAUGACCAUAUAUAGAAUAGCACUUUUGGAGCAGGAGGUCAAGGAACUAAGAGCCGCAAAUGCAAAACAAAAGAGAAAGUGGGAAACAGACUGUAUAUAUAUAGUUCAAGAUGGUGCUUUGGGGGUUGAAGAAGGCUUGAAUCAUGUACAAAGGGUCAAUAAAUGGGAAGUAGAGGUGGUUGAAGCUGCUGACUCUCAACCAUGA